AUGGCCAACAUGCAGCAAGAAGGAAUGUCACAAGAACAGUUUAUUAAUGGUAAAUUUUUAAUAAUAACAUCCCGAUCACUAUGCCAAGAUCAUGGCUGUGAUGAAAACUAUGAAUCUCAAACCCUACUAGAACCUACAUUGGAAUCUGAAAUUUCAUUCGAGCACGAAACCUUCUCAGAAUUCGAGAUCACCUUGGAACCCGAAACCCUAUUGGAACCCAAAGCCCUACUGGAACCCAAAACCCCAAGUAACUCACUUUUUCAGUGUAAUCUGAGUUAUGUCUCUCUUGAGGCCUUCAAAUAUGUCGCUGAUCAAUUCGCUGAAACAAGCGGGUUUAAAGUGAUUUUCUUAAAAGGCAAUAAUCGUAAGGAUGGUUUGCGUUCUGCUCAAGUUUUUGUUUGUAAUUGCUAUGGCGUGUUCAAACCUAAACCUAAAGAUCCGAAUAAGAAAAAUAGAAAUAAGGAAUCAAAAAAGUGCAACUGCCCCUAG